AAAAAUAUUUGAAAGUUAUCAAGAAAAAUAAGUUCGUAUUAUUAUUAUGUAUAAAACUAAAGUAAAAAGAAAUAAUUUAUUUAUCAAUUUGAUUAUAUUAUACACGUGGCAUUACAGUUGUGUUAUAAAAUAAACAAAUAAAAUUAUUGACGUAUAACAAUUUCUUUAUACCCAUCUAUAAGUCAUUUGCAUCAAAUAUUUAAAAGUUUAAAUAAAAAUUUCAAAAUUUGCUCUUAUAUAGUAUUCAAAAUGAAAACUAUUAUUUUUCAUCAUGGAUUAUUAUUGUUAUUAUCAAUGGUUGUAUGUACUUUAAGUUCAAGAGUGGAUAACAAAUAUGAUCUCCCUUCGGAUUUGGAAUUGCGAAUGGUCAACAUUGUUUUUAGACAUGGUGAUCGAACACCUGAAAAAUUUUACGGUGAGACGUAUCCGAAUGAUCCGUACAUAAACGAGACUUAUUACCCAAUUGGAUAUGGUGCUUUAACAGAAAAGGGUAAAAAAAGAGCUUAUUUGUUAGGAAAAUUCCUAUGCAAAAGAUAUAAAACUUUUCUUGGUAGAAAGUAUUAUCCUCAUGAUGUUAUUGCCAGAAGUACAGACGUCAAUAGAACCAAAAUGACACUACAAUUCGUUCUUAAUGGAUUAUUUCCUGAACAUUCAAUUCAACAGAAGUGGAAACCCAUACCAAUAAUAUAUGAUGAAAAGAAAAAUUUUCUUCAAAUGUCAACAAGUUGUUCUAAAGUACAAAAAAUGGUAUCAGAAAUACGAAAAUUGCCAGAAGUAAAAGAAUUAACAAAUGAAUUUAAACCACUAUGGAAAAAUUUGUCGAAAUUCACAGGAGAGAAUAUAACACGAUCUAGUGAAGCUCAUAUUCUUUACAAUACUCUAAUUUCACAUCAGUCAAUGUCUCUUCCGCUUCCGCAAUGGGCUAACGAAACUUUGUUCAGUAAAAAAUUUAUAAAAUCUGUCUCAUUUAGUGUUCUCUUGAGAAAUUAUAAUGAAACACUGAAAAAAAUGAAUGGUGGACGUCUUUUAAGGAAAAUGACAGAAGAUAUGAUUGCAAGAAAAAAGGGACUAUUAAAAAGGGGGAAAAGAAUUAAUCUUUAUAGUGCUCAUGAUACAAAUGUUGCUGCACAUCUUCUUGCUCUUGGAGUGACAAAACCACAUCAGCCUUAUUAUACCAGUACUGUCAUUUUAGAAUUGUAUCGUGAUAAAGAAGACAAUUAUUAUGUACAGGUUGUACAUUACAAGGGUUAUUCAAAUAAUGUAAAAAUUCUAAAAAUACCAAACUGCUCAUCUAAUAUUUAUGGAAUGUGUAAGUUUACCAAAUUUUUGAAAUUAAUGAAACAUGUAAUACCAACGGAUAAUGAAUUGAAAUGUUGUGAUUAUGACUUAGAAAAUUGUUCAAUAAUUUAGUACUGAAAUGUA